CCGCGCCUCUCAGCACGUCGAGACAUUGGCCCGGCGGGUGUCUGUGGCUGUUGCCCGCCAGCCCUGCCUCCCCGGGGCUCUGCAGCCAUGGCAAUGACAGGCUCAACACCUUGCUCAUCCAUGAGUAAUCAUACCAAGGAAAGGGUGACAAUGACCAAAGUGACACUGGAGAAUUUUUAUAGCAAUCUCAUCGCUCAACAUGAAGAACGUGAAAUGAGACAAAAGAAGUUAGAAAAAGUGAUGGAAGAAGAAGGCCUAAAAGAUGAAGAGAAACGACUCAGGAGAUCGGCACAUGCUCGGAAGGAAACAGAAUUUCUUCGUUUGAAGAGAACAAGACUUGGAUUGGAAGAUUUUGAGUCCUUAAAAGUCAUAGGCAGAGGAGCAUUUGGUGAGGUGCGGCUUGUUCAAAAGAAAGAUACAGGGCAUGUAUAUGCGAUGAAAAUCCUCCGUAAAGCAGACAUGCUUGAAAAAGAGCAGGUUGGCCACAUUCGUGCGGAGCGUGACAUUCUAGUGGAGGCAGACAGUUUGUGGGUUGUGAAAAUGUUCUAUAGUUUUCAGGAUAAGCUAAACCUCUACCUAAUCAUGGAGUUCCUGCCUGGAGGGGACAUGAUGACCUUGUUGAUGAAAAAAGACACUCUGACAGAAGAAGAGACUCAAUUUUACAUAGCAGAAACCGUAUUAGCCAUCGACUCUAUUCACCAACUCGGAUUCAUUCACAGAGACAUCAAACCAGACAACCUUCUGUUGGACAGCAAGGGCCACGUGAAGCUUUCUGACUUUGGCCUUUGCACAGGACUGAAGAAAGCACACAGGACAGAAUUCUAUAGGAAUCUGAACCACAGCCUCCCCAGUGAUUUCACUUUCCAGAACAUGAAUUCCAAAAGAAAAGCAGAAACUUGGAAAAGAAACAGACGUCAGCUAGCCUUCUCCACAGUAGGCACUCCUGACUACAUUGCUCCCGAGGUGUUCAUGCAGACCGGGUACAACAAGCUCUGUGAUUGGUGGUCGCUUGGGGUGAUCAUGUAUGAGAUGCUCAUCGGCUACCCACCUUUCUGUUCUGAGACCCCUCAAGAGACAUAUAAGAAGGUGAUGAACUGGAAAGAAACUUUGACUUUUCCUCCAGAAGUUCCCAUCUCUGAGAAAGCCAAGGAUCUAAUUCUGAGAUUCUGCUGUGAAUGGGAACAUAGAAUUGGAGCCCCUGGAGUUGAGGAAAUCAAAAGUAAUGCUUUUUUUGAAGGUGUUGACUGGGAGCAUAUCAGAGAGAGACCUGCUGUGAUAUCUAUUGAAAUCAAAAGCAUUGAUGAUACUUCAAACUUCGAUGAGUUCCCAGAGUCUGAUAUUCUUAAGCCAACAGUGGUCACAAGUAACCACCCUGAGACUGACUACAAGAACAAAGACUGGGUCUUCAUCAAUUACACGUACAAGCGCUUCGAGGGCCUGACUGCCAGGGGGGCGAUACCUUCCUACAUGAAAGCAGCAAAAUAGAACCCUUGACAUGGGGCCCUAAAUGGAGUGAGGUCUUUGUACAACAUCUUGCUUUUCUUCCACACUCUUGAAAGAGCCUCCAAGAAAUUCAUGGCACCCAUUAACAUCAGAGUCGUCUCCUGAAAUGUGAUACUACGUGGAUUUUCCUCCGUCCCGGAUCUGAAAACCGCUAUAACAGUGACAACCAUUUCUACUACAUCAGCCGUAAAAGCUGUCUUGCUUCUUUAGAAGCAUCAUGAGCCAAUUUGAUAGUUGUUUUUAAAAAGAAUUUGAAUUUUCCUAAGUUCAUCAGAAUGAAGGGGAAAAACAGCCAUCGUCCAACCUUACUGAGCUCGUAACACGUACUCACUGAGAUCAGCCAAUCUUGUGACACAGUAACGUGCUGUCUGCCAAGCCCACCAAGUAUUUCUUUUUCCUUUUGUAUAGUUAAAGGUUCCACAGUACUAAGGAAGAAAAGCAAUAAUGAAAGUCUCAGCAGCCAGCAUCCUGGCUGAAGGGAAUUAUCAGCCAUCCCUGGGGCGGUGAUGGUCGUUUUUCCCCAUACCUCUGCUUGGGCAAGCGGCUUUUCACAGCCCCCAUUCAUGGUGCACUUUAUUUAUGGUAUAAGGUACAGAACCUCAGCCCACUGCUCACCUUUCCUGCUGCUCUUCUGAGUGUCGAUGGGCAACACCAGUUCUACAGGCCGCGGAAAGCCACUGGGCAUUGCCAAGGGUCUGGAUCGUGUGCAAACACUCACCUUCUCCACAGCUGUAUCAGAAGACCCCUAAGACAGUGGUUGCUGUGGAGCAGCAGUACCUGCCUGUGCUGCCCACAGGAACGCAGCUGAUUCCUGGGAACACACCAAGGAGCCCAGCCAGAAGCAGGGGUUUUGGACGCCCCUUGGCUAAUGUGCUGCUGCAGCAGGAUCCCCAGGCCAUCUGGAAUGGUACGGGGAGAGGCCCUUGAGCCUUCACAGCCAGCACACAAGUCCUGUAAAGUCACUCCUUGAUCUCUGGACAGCCGUGUUUUAUCUCCUCUCUUGGUAUCUCUCCUCUCCAAACUUUGAGUAGCCAUUUUGCCUUGGAAUCAUGAUUACAAAUUUUUCCUUUGCAGAUGCCUUCUUGGGGAAGUCCCUUGCCCCUGCCUAGUUGCCUGAAGCUUGUGCUCACCAGGCUUCUCCACAGUGGCGUUCUCCCAUGAGACCUUCUGAAGUUUAGCACAAGUGCCUUCUCUGUCACAGCUGCCGCCACCUUCAGGGGACUUUGGCUGCGUCAGAAAAAUGUGGAGGUUCCAUAUUAAUGCAUUAUUCGUUUUUUGGUUUUAAGCUUUGAAAGCUCUUAAGGCAUCAUUUGCACCCGUGUGGGAACUGCCUGUGGCCGAGUAUCAUGGCCAGGCCACACUAGGGGGCUGAUUCCGGUUAGUCUUGAGGUUGUGGUGCUCAGCUUUGAAGGGAAAGCAAGCCCCAGCUUAGCCAUCAGGAAAACAGUACCAGUUACAGUUAGAAGUGGAACUGCUUUGCAUUUUAGGGUCUCAGAGGAAAAAGAAUGUUAGGAGAACUCUUAACUGGAUGAAGGCAAUGUUUGCCCUUAAUCUGUCAUUCAUAGCCCACCAGUGAAAGGGAAAUGAGAUUUUUGUGUUACCUUCAUAAUCUUUGUAUUACCAAAUAGGUGGGGUCCUGACCCCAGUGUGUUUUGCAAGAGUGUGGUAAGCAUGAGUAGAGAGAAGUAACAGGAGUAGUGGUCGUGACUGCUGGGGAGUGGCAGGGGUGAUUUAAGGGGAAAAUGCCCACAUUUUAACUUGUAAAUUUCUGAAUAAACUGUGUGAAAACAGUG